AUGGAUGCUGAUAACGUUAAGCGACACACGAUCCCGUGGCAGCAGAUUCUCAUGUUUUUCACGCGCACGCAGGCCCCACAUGAUUGGGCUAGCCCCCACUACAGGUUUUCCAAACGCCAGCGAGCGGCAUGGGCCACUUUAUGGAGACUAGCCCAGGCAGAGCUUAGUGCCUCACCCAUCGUAGGCCAGGGCAGAGCAGGCCAUUCCAACGCCGGCCAGGGCAGGGCAGGCCAUUCCAACGCCGGCCAGGCCAACACAGGGCAUUCCAACACAGGGCAGGCUAACACAGGCCAUUCCAACGCCGGCCAGGGCAGGGCAGGCCAUUCCAACACAGGCCAGGGCAGGGCAGGCCAUUCCAACGCCGGCCAGGCCAACACAGGGCAUUCCAACACAGGGCAGGCUAACACAGGCCAUUCCAACGCCGGCCAGGGCAGUCAAGACCUGAGCAGUUCGGACCAAAGCAGUAUACAUUCAGGAAGUGAUUCCGAGGACCAACAGCACCAAAUCACUAGCGAAUCCCCCUUUCAGCUCACUCCCCUUGACUCCGCCUGUCUAGAUUUUUGCAUUGAGCUAUUGAACCACCGAACUAAGGUCGAGGACUAUAAGAGCGCGCUUAUCUGCGCUAGCGCGGUGCUUGGACGUGGGGAGGCAGGCUGGGGUACUGCCCAGAGCUAUCCCCCAAUAUUGUCCAAAGUGAUCAAGAUUGCUCGGUUUAUGGUGGUCCACAAAGCAUUAAAGCUAGACCCAACGGCCGAGAAGAUGAUCCACCAACUAGCUACGCAUCAGAUGGCUGGCGAAUGGGAUACAGAGAGUCCGUUAGAUUCGCCUGAUUUCACGUUUUUAACGCAAACAACGGACGAUUCGUUUUACAACGAUAACGAUGGAGAUCAGGGGGCAGCACAGUCAUCGCACUUUAUUCAGUUUAGCCAGGGCCACACACAGGGCCACCGCCAACGAUCAUUCCGGGAGUGGGUGACCGAGAUGGUCAGCCAGUUUAUGGUCCGCGGCACUAACAGUCCAAUGCAGUGGCUGUUAGAUCUACGCACCUACGGCUUGAAGAUCCAUUAUAACAGCACCGCCACAGGCCAUGUUGGCUGGAUGAACCAAGACCAGCUGUUAUAUCAACAGUACAGUUUCACUAUGGGUGACUUCCGCGGCUUUACCCACGGCCUCGUAAGCUCCACACGCCAGAUACUACACGAAGAGCUCCUGUUUAGUCAGGCUAGCUCAGUUCCCACGAUCCCGUGGCAGGCUAUCUAUGAUGAUCCCACCGAGACCGCGCACGGGUGGAGCUUUCUGAAAGACACUCGCACGGUAUGGCCUGUGGCCGGUAGCGAAUGGAUGGUGAAUCGGGUCCGAAACGAGAGACCACUCCAGCAUCGUUUCAUCGAGUCUAGUGCCGGCCGGCUCCGAAUGUCGAAUGUGCACAGUUAUCUCCAACGGGUAGUCCAUUUCCGCGAGAAACUAGCUAUUGCUAUUCACGUCAGCGGAGGCCAGCCUGCACGGGCACCAGAGCUGUUAAGCAUUCGGCACUACAAUACUGAUAGUGGAGGCCACCGGAAUGUGUUUGUCGAAGAUGGUCUGGUAGCGUUUGUUACGCAGUACCACAAAGGGUUUUAUAGUACGAACGACGUGAAGGUUAUUCAUCGGUAUCUACCCCGGGAAGUAGGUGAGCUAGUGGUUUGGUAUCUAUGGCUAGUGCUGCCGUUUGUGGAGAGAUUGGAGGCGUACACACAGAAGGUGCGCGGGGAGGCAUCUGAUGCUGAGACGACCGGAUCAACAUAG